AUGAGUGGGGUCUCGGAGGGGACCAGGGGCAGUGACAGGCAACCUGGGGCUCUGACCCACGAUCACUGCUGUUGCAGGAAGAUGAAUGCUUCCAGAUGCGUGCCUGACGAGGUGGGGUUCCUCCGCCCGCUGACCUUGGCUGUCCUGUCUGUGUCCUUUGUCGUCGGAGUGGUGGGCAAUGGGCUGGUGCUAUGGAUGACUGUCUUCCGCAUGGCCCGCACGGUGUCCACCGUCUGGUUCUUCCACCUGGCCCUUGCCGAUUUCAUGAUAUCGCUGUCUCUGCCUAUCACCGAGUACCACGUGGCCUCCGGGCAAUGGCUCCUCGGAGAGUGGGCCUGCAAAUUCUAUGCCACCUUUGUGUCCCUCACCUUCUUUGGCAGUAACUGCCUCCUCAUCCUCAUCUCUGUGGACCGUUGCAUCUCCAUCCUCUACCCCGUCUGGGCCCUGAACCACCGCACCGCGAAGCGGGCGAGCCCGCUGGCCAUCGCAGUGUGGCUCCUGGCCGGCAUCUUGUCCUCUUCACACCUGAAAUUCCGGACGAUCAAAAAUUGGAAUGGCUGUGUGCAGUGCUACCUGGACUUCAACUCAGAGAAUGUGACUUCCCAGACUUGGAGUGAGGUGGUCCUAGAGAGACAAAUGGCAUCAAUCCUGGCCCACUUCCUGCUGGGCUUCCUGGGGCCCUUAGCAGUCAUAGGUAUUUGUGCCCACCUCAUCCGGGCCAAGCUCUUGCGGGAAGGACAGGUCCACGCCCACCGGCCCAAGAGGCUGCUGCUGCUGCUGGUGAGCGCUUUCUUCAUCUGCUGGUCCCCGUUUAACGUGGUGCUGAUGGUCCAUCUGUGGCGACGGGUGAACUUCAAGGAACUCUACCACUCCCAGAUGCUGCUCAUCUAUCAGGGUACCUUCGCCUUGGGCUGUAUCAACAGCUGCCUCAACCCCUUCCUCUAUGUCUUCGUUGGCAGAGAUUUCCAAGAAAAGUUUUUCCAGUCUCUGCCUUCUGCCCUGGCCAGGGCAUUUGGAGAGGAGGAGCUUCUCCGUCGUCCUAUCCCCAUGGGAGGAGGAGCUUUUCUGGGUCCUGUUCCCCUGGCAGUGCCCCCGGGGAAUGACGGAAGCCUUGAGCUGGAAGCUGGAAACUGUCCUUAG